AUGAGACGAUUAGUGUUCAAAGUCAUUGACAUCUAUUUAGAUAAUUUACUUCGCUCGUCUAUUACACAAAAUGAAACUAGUCUUCCGUCUCCUUCUCAACUUAAAAAUAAAAUUAUUUUAAAGGAUGCCAAAGCUGUUACGGAUGCAAUUGAAAAACCAGAAUCAUUUCAUAUUUUACGUGAAGGUCUAGUAGAUCUGUAUGAUACUUCUAAAAAGCAAUGGAUUUGUUAUAAAUAUGGCAUUACUGAUCAGUAUUUAAUGUUAUCUAAAGAAGAAAUUCCGGAUGAAAAUUAUUUUUUAAUGGAUUUAAAUCAAAACCCAUCGUUAACAUCUGGAGAAAAUAAUUGUUCUAACGAUGAUGACGAACCAACACAAAUUUGGUAUCACGGUGAAAUGUCGCAUGAAGAAGCCCAUAAAUUAUUGACAUCAAAUUCUGGUUACUCACCAGGAACAUUUUUAAUAAGAAAAAGUGAUAGACGACGAUGUUAUUGUGUAACACUUUUGUGAGUAUCACUCUU